AUGGAGAAGAUAAACAGAAAAGUAGCACAGUCGCUGCUGACGUUGUGUACGUCUGAAUUUGGCAUGUAAAUGUUUGUGUAACGCAGCGUUGCGUGCCAUAUUUCCUAAAUAAAUUAGUGUUUUAUUGAAGCUCCGCCGCCAAGGGAGAAGCUAAUGGUCGUGACAACAUGGACAGUGGCCUGAGUCCCCAGGAUAAAAAAGACUUGGACAAGUUCAUUAAAUUCUUUGCCUUGAAGACUGUCCAGGUGAUUGUCCAAGCUCGUCUUGGAGAGAAGAUCUGCACUCGCUCAUCCUCAUCGCCGACUGGCUCUGACUGGUUUAAUUUGGCUAUCAAAGACAUCCCAGAGGUGACUCAUGAAGCCAAGAAGGCGCUGGCCGGCCAACUUCCAGGCAUCGGACGCUCCAUGUGUGUUGAGAUCUCCCUGAAGACUUCAGAGGGAGACUCGAUGGAGUUAGAGACUUGGUGCCUGGAGAUGAAUGAAAAGUGUGAUAAGGACAUCAAGGUGUCAUACACAGUUUACAACCGUCUGUCUGUCCUCCUGAAGUCUCUGCUGGCCAUCACCAGAGUCACACCUGCGUAUAAACUCUCCAGAAAGCAGGGACACGAUUAUGUCAUAUUAUACAGGAUUUAUUUCGGAGAAGUUCAGUUGAGUGGAUUAGGAGAAGGUUUUCAGACGGUGCGUGUCGGCGUCGUUGGCACUCCUGUCGGCACAGUCACACUUUCAUGUGCUUACCGCACCAACCUGGCAUUUAUGUCCAACAGACAGUUUGAGCGGUCGGCUCCAAUCAUGGGGAUCAUUGUAGAUCACUUUGUGGAUCCUCCCUGCAGCAGCCAGCGACCUGCAAACAUGGGGCAUCCCUGCAACUACAGAGCUCCAGAUGAGGAGGACGGAGGAUAUGCAGGAGUUCAGGAUUCCCAGGAGGUCUGCACCACCUCCUUCUCCACCUCCCCUCCCUCUCAGUGUGUGUGUACACUGAGUCCUUCGCCCUCUAAACUGUCCAAGCCCCUCCCUCUGGACAGUCUGCCGCUUCCAUUGGCUCCUGGACUUGUCACUCACACUGUGAGUCUAUACUGGCCACU